AUAGGAUAGGCAUCCCGAUACAAGAGAGGUGAUAUGAUACGGUGCUAUACUGUAAGCUCAACUAAUGAUUUCACUUUAUAACUCAGUCCUUACCUUAACAAGUAAAGCGCUGUGUACUGAUGAUACUCGCAAACAAAAAAAUGUUCACUAGAUUUUGGUCUACUAGUUGCACAAAUUAAGUUGUUUUUUUUUAACCACUAUCUAGUAAUCGCUUUUAUCUUGACUUGUACGACGAGUGGAGCGAAAACUGUGUUCCUAUCAAAGGAACUCUAUGAGCUAACGUUUGUCCCUAUAUGGGAGCAGGAGGCGCAUGACUCAUUCAUUUCAUUUUUCUGUCGCUGUUGAAUGUGUUGAAUUUGUUUUAACCCCCAUGAUGGACUCUGCCCCUUCUGCUGGGGCAGGAGUGGAUGAUGGAUGACUAUUUACAAUAUGCUCAGAGCAGAUGCCAACCAUAUUGCUUCACAUGAUCUAUGGCUCCUUAUCUGUGUAUAGAACACAACAGAGGUGUGUUGACCGACCUGAGAGGUAUUUAACGCUGCUUCACUGUUCCAGCCUCAGAUCUCAACAUGUAUCUUCUUGUGAUGAUGGUCGGAGUCGGGCUCCUCUCACCAGCCCUGAGCCUCACCUGCUACCAGUGCCCGCUGGGAAGCCCUGGCAGCUGCACCACCUGGACCGCUGUGUGUCCAGCGCAGAGGAGCCGCUGCGCUGCAGGGAGGAUCGUCACAUACAUCGGCAGCACCGAGUUCUCAGACGAGCAUGAAAAGGCCUGUGUUUCGGAAGUGGAGUGCACCGAGAUGUCCGUCAACUAUGGAGUGUCCAGAAGUGCCCUCAACGUCCAGUGUUGUCUCACUGACCGUUGCAACGGCAAUCCGGCCCCAAGACCCACCCAAAACAGACCGAAUGGAAGGAAGUGCUACACAUGCGAUGGCACCACCUGCAAGGCCACGCUCAACUGUCUGGGCACGGAGGACUCCUGCAUCACCUCCACAGUCACUUCUGCUGGAGUGAAGCAGAUUCUGAAGGGCUGCGCCUCCAAGCAGGCCUGUGACCUGUCCUCCACUUCUCGCCUGAUGAAGAACCUGACCAACACUGUGACUUCCAAGUGUUGCCUGGGCGACCUGUGCAACGGCGCCGUCGGCAUCAGCGCUGGGCUGCUGCUCCUGCUGGCUCCUCUGCUGGCUCAGCUCUUUGUCUAAGAGUUUCCAGCACCACCAAUGAGCUCAGCUCUCUAAAGCUCAAGUUGCGAGUGUUGUUUGCAGGGUGCCAACAGUCAUUUGAUUUCACAGUGCAUCGUGGGCCACAGUAGCCAUGCUCACUGCCAACAGUCUGUGUUUACAUUCACCGUUGAACUUGGAUUCAAGUUUCCAUUAAAAAAAUUCCAUAAACUUCUUGUGAUGGAUUUGAACUCACUCCUCAAAUACGCACGUCAUGAUGUCAGGGGUGAUGUGACAUCAUCAUAUAGUGAACUACCUCUCUUCAUCUUCAAACAUUUCAUGUGGCAG